AUGGAAUUAGGGGUACAGUGGGGAAAGUUGAAAAUGGAGCAAAAUCAGACGGGAUGCCAAGCUGCUCCUCAAGGUCCUGUCCUGUGUGUCAACAAUUGUGGAUUCUUUGGAACUGCAGCAACCAUGAACAUGUGUUCCAAGUGCUAUAAGGAUUUGACUUUGAAGCAAGAACAGGCUAAACUUGCUGCAUCAUCUAUUGAGAGUUUUGUUAACGGCAGCUCUAGUAGCAAUGAGUUGGAGUUGGAUGUUCCUGUAGCUGUUGGUACACAGGCUGGUCCAUCAGAGUUGCAAGUUGUAUCAACAGAAGCAUCUGGUGCAUCAGCACUGAAUGAGAAGGAAGAGAAGGUUAAAGAAGGGCCAAACAGGUGCAACACUUGCAGGAAGCGCGUUGGCUUAACAGGUUUCAAUUGUCGAUGUGGAAACCUCUUUUGUUCAAUUCAUCGCUACUCUGACAAACACGACUGUCCCUUCGAUUAUCGCACUGCUGCACAAGAUGCUAUUGCCAAAGCCAACCCAGUUGUUCAGGCUCAAAAGCUCGAUAAAAUUUAG